AAACACGACGUGACUAAACCUAUUCAACUCCCAAGUCUUAAUAAGGUUACAACGACACUGAAAGAAGGUGAAGUGCUUAAUACGACGCGAAGAGGUGAAGAACUCCAUCCAACAAAACAGAAAAUUAAAUUUGGUUCACCGAUAGUGAUUGGUAGUAAAGACAUUGAAACACACAAGAAACCACUAAAACGACCUUUGAAAAAGUCAAAGAAAAAAACGAAGAAAAUUUGUAUGGAAGAGGAGUACUCAGACGACGAGUCUGAGUUACAGAACGAACAAUUGUAUAACAAAAGAGAUCAUUUUUGUUUUAAUGAGACUAUGAAAAGAAACAACGAAUUGCAAAACGAAGGAAUUGAUUUAACAAUGGCGGCGCAAUAUAAGAAGGCGUACAACUUUUUAAAAGAUUUACUGUUGAAAAUGGGAUUUAAAAUUACUCAAAAUGAAGCCAUCAAUUUGGCAUAUAAAACUAUACUCUGUUUCAUUCGAUUUGGAGAUUUGGUCGAAAGAUACGACGUUACCGAACUCAACGUGUUUCCAAGCGACGUUUUUAAGAAGAAAGUUGUUAUUCCCUUCUUUCAGUGGAAAGAAAUACCAAAUGAUAUAAAGACAAACUUGGCGUUUUACAAAAGGGUCUCGACCUUUUUGGAAAAUGCCAAAAAUGGGAUGGUGGAGUUGCCACAAAAGUUGGAGCGGUGGUAUAUGUUCAACAGAUGGUCUUUUUGCGACGAUUUGAGACUCUUAUUUGAAAUUGAAAAAUGUGGGGUUGGGGCGUAUGCUAUGUAUAUUGAAAACCCGAUCAUAAGACUCACGUUGGCUGUGGCGUAUCGAUUUCUGAACGACGAACAAAUGGCUGGGUUUUGUGCUCGAAGAGUCGAAGAGCUCAUGAAAAUUAUAUGA